AUGCAGUGGAUUUCCCUAGCAAUUGCCGCCUUGGCAGCAACAGCAACAAUCGCUAUUGCUGCUGGCAUGGAGCCAAGGACUCUCCCCCACCCAACCGAGGACCCUUUUUAUAAUGUGCCUUCUAACGUCGACUCUUAUGACAACGGCCAGGUCAUCAUGUCUCGCAGAGUCAGCACCAGCAUUGGUACGAUGGAAAAUGUUGCCUCACAUCAGGUUCUCUACCGCACUACCAAUACGCAGAACCAUGCGUCGGCUACCGUUGCAACGAUCUGGACGCCCAGCAAGCCCGUAUCGCCGCCGAAGAUCCUUUCUUAUCAGUUGUACAUGGAUGCGACGCAGCUCAACUGUGCGCCCAGCUACGCCUUCUUGAGCGGGAUCCACAACACCGAGAAGGCAACCACGAUCCUCGACACGCCCAUUGUCAUCAGCUGGGCACUCAAGCAUGGCUUCUACGUCGUGUCUCCUGAUCACGAAGGUCCGCGAUCUGCGUUCAUCGCUGGAUACGAAGAGGGCAGGGCCAUUCUCGAUGGCGUCCGCGCGUUGAAGAACUUUAAGGAGCUGCCUGAAAACAGCGCCGUGGGCUUCUACGGGUACAGUGGCGGAGGCCACGCAACUGCGUGGGCUGCUAGCUUGUCCGGUGGAUACGCUCCAGAGCUCAACAUCAUCGGCGCUGCGUACGGCGGCGUGCCCACCAGUACCCGUAUGAUCGCCGACUUCCUGAAUGGCAAGAGCGUCUUCUCCGGUUUUGCCCUUGCUGGAAUUUCAGGUCUGGCUCGGGCCUAUCCCGAGAUGGAAGCUUUCAUCCUUCCACGUCUCAAUGCUGAAGGACAGAAGACUUUCGAGCGAAUCGGAUCUCGAGGCGAGUGUAUUGCCCAGGUGGCCUUCGGCUACCCCCAUCUCGACUUCUACACUCUGGUCAACGACACCAACAUGAUGAGCGAGGAGCCCAUCAAAAGCAUCUUGAGCGUCGAGACGCUCCUCAAGAGCGAAGCGAGCUACACGGUUCCCGUGCGGAAGUGGCCACGCUACAUCUGGCAUGCUCUCGAGGAUGAGAUCGUCCCCUUCGCGCCCGCAUCACAGUACGUCAAGGAGCAGUGUGCCGAAGGCGCCGACAUCAAUUGGAACGUCCUUCCCGUCCAGGAGCACGUCUCGGCCGAGGUGACGGGCAUCGCUCCCGCCAUCGCUUGGUUGAGCGAGGCGUUCCAGGGCAAAGCGCCCAAAGUUCCAUGCGGGGCCGGCAACCUUCCGGUUGCGCCAUCAGUCAAAGAGGUGCUGGGGGACGAUCUGGUGAACCACCUCCACAACCUUGCUGGGCAGGUGAAAGCUCAUCUCUAG